AUGUUCUAUCCAGAUUCGCAGGAACUAGACUCCGAUCAUCUUCUCCGUGAAGCUGCGGCGGUUCCUAACCGUCAAUUUCCGUCGCCGCCAUGCGCGAAUGGUCACCGAUCCACGAUUUCUCUGCGCACCGACCAAGGAGGAACGUUUUGCUUUCUCUGCUUCUCCAAUCUCGUCUCCGAUUCACGCGUUCCCACCGUUCACGUUUCCUACGCGCUUCACCAGCUCUCAAUCGCUCUCUCAGAACCUCUCUUCCUCCGAACGCUACUCUCCGCACAUGUUCACUUUCUCGUAUCGCCUCUCGUUCACGCGCUCUCUUCGUUUGAUGAUGCGCCCAUCGCUAUCCAGAUCAUGGAUAUCAUCUCUCUUCUCUGUUCCGCUGAGCAAUCUUCCAUCGGCGAGGAUUUUGUGGAGAGAAUCUCCGUUCAGCUCUCUUCCGGGGCCUUGGGUUGGAGCCGAAGACAGCUUCAUAUGCUCCAUUGCUUUGGCGUUCUGAUGGGAAAUGAGAAAUUAGACAUCAAUUCUCACAUCAAAGAUAAAGAAUCUCUUGUUUGCCAACUCGUUGAAGGUCUUCAGUUACCAAGCGAGGAGAUCCGCGGUGAAAUCCUUUUCGUUCUGUACAAAUUUUCUGCUCUGCAAUUCACAGAACAAAAUGUUUAUGGAAUUGAGGUUCUUUCUUCAUUAUGUCCCAAUCUCUUAUGCCUAUCCUUGGAAGCUCUUGCAAAGACGCAAAGAGAUGAUGUUUGUUUGAACUGUAUAGCUCUUUUGACCAUCUUGGCCCAGCAAGGUCUUUUAGCAAAUUCACAUACAAGUCCUGUCAGCAGCAUGAGCUUGGAUGAAAUGGAUGAUGACCCUAUGCUGACGGCUGAGACUGUAGUCGCCAGGCCUUGUUUAAAUGUCUUAUUUGCUGAGGCCAUCAAAGCUCCAUUGCUUUCCACUGACAGCGAGGUGCAAAUAAGAACCCUUGAUCUUAUCUUCCAUUACGCGUCCCAAGAGAAUAUUUCAAGCAAACAGGUUCAAGUUCUGGUAGAAGAAAAUGUUGCUGAUUAUAUAUUUGAGAUACUUCGGUUUUCAGAAUGUAAAGAUCAGGUCAUCAACUCAUGCCUCAGAGUUCUUGAUCUAUUCUCCUUAGCCGAGGAUUCCUUUCGGAAGAAACUUGUGAUUGGGUUUCCUUCAGUCAUCCAAGUGCUUCACUAUGUAGGCGGAGUUCCUUGCCAUCCUUUUCAAAUCCAGACACUAAAGCUUAUCUCGAGCUGUAUUUCUGAUUUCCCUGGGAUUGCGUCAAGUUCUCAAGUUCAGGAAAUUGCUCUGGUUCUGAAAAAUAUGCUUGAAAGAUAUUAUUCUCAGGAGAUGGGAUUAUUUCCGGAUGCAUUUGCGAUCAUCUGCUCAGUCUUUGUUUCCCUGAUGAAAACUCCAUCGUUUUCUGCGACUCAGGAUGUGUUAACAUCAUUGCAAGAAUCCAUGAGGCAUGCCAUUUUGGCCUGUCUUAGUCUCCCUGAGCAAGAUUCAUCACAGAUCUCGCAUGCAGUCUACUUACUCAAUGAAGUAUAUACAUAUUGUUCUGCACCAGCAUCCAUAAACAAGGCCAGUUGCACUGAGUUAAGACACUGUGUUAUAGACGUGUGUGUAUCACAUCUAUUGCCGUGGUUCCUCGCUAAUAUCAACGAAAUCAAUGAGGAAGCAAUUCUUGGCAUAAUGGAAACUUUUCAUUCAGUUCUGCUUCAGAAUUCAGAUAUCCAAGUCGUGGAGUUUGCCGAGACGCUUGUUUCAGCAGAUUGGUUCAGCUUUUCAUUUGGAUGCCUAGGAAGCUUCUCUACUGCUAAAGUGAAACAGAGGGUUUAUUUGAUGCUCAGUUCCCUUGUUGAUAUUCUUCUCAAACAAAAAGUGGGAUCACUUAUCAGAGAUGCUCUUCCUUGCCUUCCGUCGGAUCCACAAGAUUUGUUGUUUUUGCUCGGGCAAGAUAGUUCCAGUAAUAAAGAACUGGCUUCUUGCCAGUCUGCAGCUCUGCUUAUUUUCCACACCAGUUGGAUAUACAAUGACAGGCUUGCAGAUGAUAAGCUGGUUUUAGCUUCUUUAGAGCAAUACAUUCUCGUAAACAGGACAAGUUUAACACGUGCGAUCUCUGAUUCUCCAGCUAUGCUGCACCUAGUGAAUCUAUAUAGUCUUUGCAGGAGUCUUCAAAAUGAGAGAUACCAGAUAUCAUACAGUCUUGAAGCUGAAAGGAUUAUCUUCCAUCUACUAAAUGAAUAUGAACGGGACUUGUGCGCCUUUGAUAUUCAUUUAGAAUCUCUGAAGUGGCUCUUUCAACAGGAAUGUAUCAGCAAAAGUUUGACUUACCAGAUUCAAAAUAUUUCCAGGAACAACUUCAUUGGAAAUGAAGUUCACAAUGUAUACGGAGAUGGCAGACAGAGAUCACUCACAUAUUGGUUUGCUAAUUUGAUAUCAGAAGGAGACAACUAUGCCGCAACGCUUUUGGUUAACUUGUUGACACAGCUCGCAGAGAAGGAAGCGCAAGAGAGUAAUAUUAUCUCAAUUUUGAAUCUGAUGACCACGGUCGUUUCUAUAUUCCCGACUGCCUCCAACCAUCUAUCCAUGAACGGCAUUGGCAAUGCAAUUUGUAGACUCGUUUGUGGUUUUACAAACUCAUCUUUCGGAACAUCAUUCCCAACACUGCUUCUGCUAAUAUUCAACAUUUUAGCUUCUGUCCAAUCAGGAGUGCUUAAAAAUGAUGAAUCCUGGGAUGCUGUAUUUAUAAAGUUGGUAAACUAUCUGAGCUUGCAAGACAUUGCCAUAACACAGAAACAUGAAGGUAUGAUGGUGAUUGGGAUUCUUUCUUUGGUUCUGUACCACUCGAAAGAUGGUGCCCUUGUGGAAGCUUCAAGAAGUAUUGUGUUGAAUUCGUACUUGGUAUCAGCAAUCAACACUGCGGUUGAUGUAGCUUGCUCAAAAGGCCCAUCAUUGACUCAGUAUCAGGAUGAAACUGACAUCGGAGAGGCUCUAGCAUUCAUGUUACCUCUCUACUUUUUCUCAUUAAGAAGCUUGCAGACUGUUCUAGCUGAAGCAGUGGAUUGGCAAACUUUCUUUGGCUCAUCGGGAAACCCGGAAACACUACCCAUAAUCUGCAUCCACUGCCAUAACUUGUGCAGGCUGAUGCAUUUUGGAACACCGCAAAUCAAGCUCAUCACCUCUUAUUGUCUUUUGGAGUUGUUCACUGGACUAUCAGAACAGAUUGACAUUAAAAAGGAGAAACUACGGUGUUCAUCGAGUUACCUGAAAUCAGUGAAGGCUGUUUUAAGUGGUCUUGUAUUCUACGAUGACAUAAGAGUAGCGAUAAACUCUGCGCUUUGUCUCUCCAUGAUAUUAAGAUUGGAAGACAUGGAAGGAGGAACGGAGAUGGUUAACACCAGCUCAUGGUACCGGUUUAUUGCAGAAGAAAUGUCAGUGUCCUUGGCCAUGCCUUGUUCAGCAUCAGAUACCUUUGUCAACCACCACAAGCCAUCGGUUUAUGCAAUUGUUGCCAUGCUAAGACUCAAGAACAAGCCAGUGUGGCUGAGAUCUGUUUUUGACGAGUCUUGCAUCUUUAGCAUGAUUCAAAAUCUGACUCUGGCGAAUAUCAGCAGCGAGAUUGUAAUAUUGUUUCGAGAACUUCUUCAGGCUCAGCUACUGAAUUCCGAGCAAGUGGUCAAGUUGAUUCGUGUAUUCCAGGCAAGCAGAAAACAAAUGCAGAGAAAUGGAACGCGAGAUGAGACCGUCGAAGAAGAACAAGUGCAACGGACAAUUUCCUCAAUCCAUGAUCAUGGUGAAGUCUGCAACUAUCUUGUUUACUUGAUGGUAUCUAACUCGUGUGGACAAACCAGUGGAAGCGAAACAUACACACAGAAGAAGAAACAGGUUCUCCAGGAAACGGAACAAUUCUUCAAGCUUUCAUCAUCAACAAGAGGGAAUGGUGUUACUGAUACAACACCGAGUAAGGUCUAUACAAGACAGAGAUACAAGACAAAUGCAACCAGUGAGAAACCGUGA